CUGAGGUGCAUCUAUCAUAUCGUCGACAACAGUCUGUCAUUGAGGCAGUGAUGGGCAGCUCGGACAACUUGAAGUCACCCCAUAAUAUAGAAGGAACGACUGUCUUCCGUCUCCUUUGGUCUGACUAGCCCUAGGAGAGACUAGGUUUCGGCCAUGACAACUUCAACUAUGCUCACUAUCGACCUCUGGACUAUCACAACAUUUCUUGUACUCUUUUACCUGGGUCUUGCUCGUGUUAUUGCUGUUCAACUGAGAACAGUUACUGCCGGACUCGAAUUCUCAAGGACUAACAGCGCAUUUUUGAUAGGCUGGCAUGAUUCUCAAGGCGCUGAUACUGAUAUAUGGGCCAUCAAAUCAUCACAGAUGCAGUAAAAUUUUACUGUACGACUUCCAAGACUUUGACGGCAAUCUUUUGCCAAAUUGAUUAUCUGGUCUGAGAACACGAGCGGUUUACAGCGAAAGAUCUCAAGGCUUGACCAACAUGACAACAAAUUUGUUGUCAGUUGAUUGAUUCCAGUUAUGAAUCACGAUCGAGGAUCCGUGCACCAUGUGUAGCAUACAGGUAUGUAGCCAAUAGAACGGGCUUCUGGAUUUAACAUCGGACAACGAUCUUCCAUAACAGAUCUAUAACGUUUCAAAUUUCAGUAGGAUCUCCUUCAAUUGCAAGUCCAGAUUCGUUCAAUUUCCCGAAAUUAAAGUUGCCAACAUCUUAUAGGCCCUAUAUUUGCUUGCGGUUGGAGUAUAUGAUUCUGGACCCAU